AUGGGCUCCCUCUCAGCACCGACCUUCAACGGCAACCCUCAGGAACAAGACCGUCACACCUUUUACGGUGGUAGAAUUCAACCAACAUCAUCAUCAGCUUCCUUCCAGACCGUCAAUCCCUCCACAGCGAAACCCAUCGCCACCAUUCACACUUCCACCCCCGACUCCGUCAAUGCAGCCAUCGCCAGCGCAGCAGCAGCCUUCCCCUCGUGGGCCGCCACACCCCCGAUCGAGCGUUCCCGCGUCCUGCACCGCGCCGUAGCCCUCCUCCGCGCCCGCAACGACGAGCUCGCCCGCAUCGAGACCCUCGACACAGGCAAGCCCUUAUCCGAGACUGCUGCCGUCGAUAUCGUCACCGGUGCCGACGUGCUCGAGUACUACGCCUCCCUGGUCGCGUCGGGCGGUCUCAAUGGCGAGUCCUUCCGCCUGAGGCCCGACGCAGCUGUAUAUACCGCCAAGGAACCCCUGGGUGUGUGUGCUGCCAUCGGGGCAUGGAACUACCCCAUCCAGAUCGCCCUGUGGAAGUCAGCACCUUGCCUAGCCGCGGGAAAUGCGCUGGUCUACAAGCCUAGCGAGUACACUCCGCUGCACGCACAGUAUCUCGCUGAGAUCUACCGCGAGGCAGGCCUGCCCGACGGUGUGUUCAAUGUGGUCUACGGCGCAGGUGAUGUCGGCGCCCUGCUGUCUUCUCACCCGCAGAUCGCCAAGGUCAGCUUCACUGGCCAGGUCUCCACGGGCAAGAAGGUUGCUGGUGCCGCGGCGGGAGGCAUGAAGUACGUCACUAUGGAGCUGGGCGGGAAGAGCCCGCUGGUGGUGCUGCCGGACUGCGAGCUUGAGAGCGCCGUGAACGGGGCUAUGAUGGCAAACUUCUACAGCACGGGCCAGGUGUGCACCAACGGCACAAGGGUGUUUGUGCCGCGGGCGAUCAAGGCGGAGUUUGAAAAGGUUCUACUGCAGAAAAUGCAGUUUGUCCGUGCGGGUGAUUUGUUCGAUAUGAACACCAACCUAGGCCCGCUGAGCAGCAAGGCACACCAUGCCAAAGUGGUCAGCUACAUACAGCAUGGUGUCGAGAAGGACAAGGCGAGGGUGCUGUACGGCGGGGACACGUCGGCUGGGGCCGUCAAAGUGCCGUCGGCUCUGAAAGAAGGGUUCUGGAUUCAGCCGACCGUGUUUACAGAUUGCACGGAUGACAUGAAGAUCGUGCAGGAGGAGAUCUUUGGACCGGUCAUGUGUAUUCUCGCAUAUGACACAAUAGAGGAGGCAGUCAAGAGGGCCAACGCGACGGACCUGGGCCUGGCUGCGGGCGUUUUUGGCAAGGACAUCAACCAGUGCCACAAGGUCAUUGCACAACUCGACGCGGGCAUCACCUGGGUGAACACCUGGGGCGAGUCGCCUGCCGAGAUGGCUGUGGGCGGCUGGAAGUCUAGUGGCCUGGGCGUGGAGAACGGUCACAAGGGCCUCGAGGCAUGGAUAAGGAAUAAGAGCACACUGGUCGAGAUGGGCGGUGUCAUGCCUACUGUUUAUGCCAAGCUAUAG